AUUUUCUGAAAGGCCGUUGCUUUGUAUGAUAAAUACAGGUCGAAGUCGGUCCUCGAUGAACCUCAACAUGAUUGAGAAAAACAGAGUUUAUCAGACCUCAACAUUAUUGAGAAAAGUGGAAGUGAGCCAUUUCUCGCACUUGCCGAUCCUAUCGUCGACAGGGAAUUUGUAAGUACGUUCUCGGUCCUCCGCCUCGUCGUAGGGUAGCAAAAGAGAGUGAACAAGACAGUAGAUGGUGAGCAAUCAUGCUGUCCUCGUAUUCGGCGGGAUGAUCUUCAUGAUGAGGCAAUGACCAGAUCCAGAUCAACUAGAAGAAGGUAAAGACAGCCUGUACUAGUACCAGUAGACGAGGUGGUCGUGGUCUGACUGUAAGGAGAGACUCCAAAAAUAUUACGUCCAGGAAGUUGAUUAAAAAUCUCAACGAAAUGGCUCUCUCCGCGUCUCCAACUCGUACAGUGCAAGAAGAUGACCACCACGACAUCAUCCAAGAUACUAGUCUGUGGUCCAGUGAGAGUGCGCUUGUUGGUUGUGUCCUUGGCCAGAUUUUGUUCGACGCAGCACGUGUAAUCGAGUCUGAAGAUACUAGGCGAGAACCUUCAUCUGGUAAUGAUGAAAUUUCCUCAGUGUUUGCUGAUGAUACUAGAGAUGUUGAUAUUACGUCGUGCGCGAGUGGUAGUGGUUCUACCUCCAGUGACACCAGAACAAGUUGUUGUACACAAGUUAUUGCGAAGUCCACAUCUAUAUCUAGUACUGGUGUCGACUCUCUCCUCCAGAAGCUAAAUUGCGUCAUUUGCUGUGCGGCCGAACGCGAGUUCUCUCUUCUGCCCUGUUGCCAUUUUGCAGUCUGCAAACAUUGUCUGGUGGAGAUGCUACGUAAAAAUUCGAAUUGUAGUAUGACUGUGGUGGACGAUGCUGGUGUGGGUUUGAGAGCAGUAUUUGCUUCGGACAGUAUUAGAGUUAGAAAAUUGAUGAGACAGCGGAUAUUGGCGCAAGUGCGGAUACUGGAGGGGGUCGUUGAAGGGCGGGAGGUGGACUGCUUUGAUGAAGCUGGUGUAGACAACAAUGAACAUGAUGAUGUGCUGCAUGAAGAUCUUGGUGGAGAGGAAAGAAGUGCAAUGAGUACUAGUAGUACGCCGUCGUCUUCACACAGCGAACCAGUAGUAGUCGGAGCUGCAGAUCCUAUAAUUGAGCAUGGAUGCAGAAUGUACAGAAGCGGAGCUAGAUUGACAACUACUAGAGAAAGAUCAGCAAGAAAAAGAAGACAUCAUCAAUGCAAAUGCUGCUUGGUAAAAGGUCCUGCUGCGAGAAGAGCCUCCUGA